UAAAGAAGGGUUAAAGAAAUAGCAGAUCGAUCGAUUAAUAUUAAUAAUAGUAAUAAUAAUUAGGAGAGCCUUCUUUCUUUCUUUCUUGUCGAUCCAAAGUUUCUUCUACCUUUGAAGAUCUCCCUGUUCUUGAUAAAAGGUUCGAACUUUUCCUUUUAUUAUUAAUGAUCUCUCUCUCUACAGGGAAGACUGAGGAAGGUCUCCUGUCUUGUUUUGGUAGUCAUCCCAGUCCAGCUUGAGCACAAAAAUUCCUGCAGAUUGCUGUUAUUUUAUUGUAGCAAAAAGAAAAGAGGGCCAAGACAAAGAAAAACACGAAACGCGAGCAGCAGCGACGCGUUUUUUUUUGGGGGGUUCAAAGGAAAACAGCCUACUCAAAAAGAAAACUGAAAGGAAUCAAGAAUUAGGGUUUGGGAAUUUAUGCGUGUUCAAGAGAGCCAAUUCCAGGGGCUAUCAGCAAUGGGUCGAUUUUUCCUUAUUAUCAAGUGGAAGCUCCUCCACAAGCCAUUGAAGCUCUUGAUUUUCCUCUAUGUAUUCUUCUUAGCCCUGAACGGCGUCGUUUCGGCCGCCGAUUCGGACAAAUCGACUCUGUUGGAGCUGAAGGCGUCGCUGUUGGACCCUAAUGGAGUGCUGAAAAGCUGGGACUCGACAGCCUCGGAUCACUGCUCGUGGGCUUGGGUUUCCUGCGAUUCGAAUUCUCGUGUCGUCGCCUUGAACAUCACCGGCCAAGGUAAUUCCGAAUCCUGUGCUAGAAUUGCUCGAUUUCCUCUUUACGGAUUUGGUAUUCGACGGCCAUGUUCAGACGGCAGUAAUAGCAGUUUUAAGCUUUUUGGUAAACUGUCUGCUUCUGUUGCUAAGCUUUCUGAACUCAGAAUUUUAUCCCUUCCCUUCAAUGAUAUUAGUGGUGAAAUUCCUGUGGAUAUUUGGGGUAUGGAAAAGCUCGAGGUUCUUGAUCUGGAAGGGAAUUUGUUGUCUGGUUUUCUGCCUGCUAAGUUCAGUGGGUUGAGGAGCUUGAAAGCUCUUAACCUCGGAUUCAAUUCGAUUUCCGGCGGAAUCCCGAGCUCCUUAUCCGAUUGUGUCGGGAUUCAGCUCUUGAAUUUUGCUGGGAAUCACUUCAAUGGAUCGAUUCCAGGGUUCAUUGGUCGAUUCAAAGAUUUGAGGGGGCUUCACUUGUCGUUCAAUCAGCUUACUGGUUCGAUUCCGGUCGAGAUAGGGGAUGGUUGUGGGAAGAUUGAGCAUUUGGAUCUCGCCGGAAACUACCUUUCCGAUGGAAUUCCGGCCACAAUUGCAAACUGCAGAGGACUGAGAACUCUUCUUCUGUACUCGAAUAUGAUGGAGAAUCCUCUUCCCCGGGAACUCGGUCAGUUGAGUGAGCUGGAGGUGAUGGAUGUGUCCCGGAACAGUUUUGCCGGUCCGAUACCGUUGGAGCUUGCAAAUUGUACAAAGUUAUCGGUUCUUGUACUAUCAAACCUAUGGAAUCCUCUUCCGACGGGUUCGAGUUUAGCUGGAUAUCCUACGGAAGAUUAUAAUUUCUACGAGGGAUCGGUCCCUGCAGGAGUCACAAGGCUCCCGACAUUGAGGAUGCUGUGGGCUCCGAGAGCGAUGCUGCAAGGGAACUUUCCCUCGAGUUGGGGAUCUUGCGACAAAUUGGAAAUACUGAACUUGGCGGAGAAUUAUUACGUUGGGGGAAUCUCCGAGGGGAUUGGAAAUUGCCGUAAUCUGCAUUUUCUUAAUUUGAGCUCGAAUAGAUUGAGUGAGGGGAUCUUGGACAGAAUCCCGGUUCCUUGUAUGACUCUCUUUGACGUCAGCGGUAAUUAUUUGUCGGGUUCGAUUCCGCAAUUUAAUUACAAUGCUUGCGCGCCUGUCCAGCCUGUGCGGGGGGAUGUCGUAUAUCCUUAUGAUCCGUCAUCUGUGUAUUUAUCGUAUUUUGAAUACAGAACAAAGAUGGAAAGCCCUUUCCAGUUGUAUGCAGAUGGAGAUGCUUUGUCGGUUUCACAUAAUUUUGGUUCUAACAGCCUUAAUGGCACGCUUCCGACAUUGCCAAUCGCAGCUGAAAGAUUUGGAAAGCGGACUGUGUAUGCAUUUAUUGCUAGCGGGAACAACCUAACUGGGGCCUUUCCGGUAGCUUUCUUUGAAAUGUGUAAUCAUGUUGGAGGCGUUAUCAUUAAUGUCUCGAGCAAUGGAUUAUCCGGUUCGGUCCCUACUGAUGUUGCGAUAUUGUGCAAAUCUUUGAUGCUUCUAGAUGCUUCCAGUAAUCAAAUUACUGGGAGUGUUCCUCCUGGCAUCGGCAGUUUGGCUUCGCUCUUUGCUCUCAAUUUGAGCUGGAAUCGUAUCCAAGGUUCGCUUCCUAACAGCCUUGGACAGAUUAAGGAUCUCAAAUUUCUCUCUUUUGCCGGUAAUAAUCUGAUGGAUUCGAUCCCUGUGAGCUUGGGGCAGCUACACACACUGGAAUAUCUUGAUCUGUCUUGGAAUUCACUGUCUGGUGUGAUUCCGAAAGAGCUUGUGAAUUUGAAGAGCUUGAAGACUCUACUCUUGAACCAUAAUAAGCUCUCGGGGAUGUUCCCGGCAGGAUUGGCGAACAUUUCGACUUUGUCGGCGUUGAAUGUCUCCGACAACAAUUUGUCGGGGCUGUUGACUCUUGGCAACAGUGCGAUAAAAUGCAACAGCUUCGAUGGGAAUCCUUUCUUAAAUUGCUCGAAAGCAUAUUCGACGCCGAGUCAACAAGGAAGAACAAGCGACGAGCAAUCCGCCUCUUCGCCUCCAUCGCCAACUCCGAGCCCGAAAGGAGGGAAAGGCAGGUUUAAUGCGAUCGAGAUUGCGUCCGUCACUUCUGCAGCCGCUAUUGUGUCAGUUCUUGUAGCGCUUAUCGUCCUUUUCUUCUACACCCGGAAGUGGAAACCGCGGUCGAGAGUGAGCGGCACCGUGCGGAAGGAAGUGGUCACUUUUAUGGACAUCGGCGUUCCGUUGACGUACGAGUCGGUCGUGCAAGCCACCGGAAAUUUCAACGCAAGCAACUGUAUUGGCAGCGGUGGCUUCGGGGCAACGUACAAGGCGGAGAUUGCGCCGGGGGUUCUAGUCGCCAUCAAGCGCCUUGCGAUUGGACGGUUCCAAGGCUUUCAACAAUUCGACGCCGAGAUCAAAACUUUGGCUCGUCUCCGUCACCUGAAUCUCGUGACGUUGAUAGGAUACCAUGCCAGUGAAGCCGAGAUGUUUCUUAUAUACAAUUAUUUACCCGGCGGAAACCUCGAGAAGUUCAUCCAGGAAAGGUCGACUAGAGCCGUCGAUUGGAGAGUACUCCACAAGAUCGCAUUAGACAUCGCCCGCGCCCUCGCGUACCUACACGACGACUGCGUUCCGCGUGUUCUCCAUCGCGACGUGAAGCCCAGCAACAUCUUACUCGACGAGGACUACAGCGCGUACCUCUCCGAUUUCGGACUAGCCCGGCUUCUGGGGACGUCGGAAACUCACGCGACGACGGGUGUUGCGGGAACCUUCGGAUAUGUCGCCCCCGAGUACGCGAUGACGUGCCGGGUCUCUGACAAGGCUGAUGUCUACAGCUACGGGGUUGUACUCCUUGAGUUGCUUUCGGACAAGAAAGCGCUCGACCCGUCGUUUUCUUCGUUCGGGAACGGAUUCAACAUCGUAGCGUGGGCGUGUAUGCUCCUGCGGCAGGGUCGGGCGAAGGAGUUCUUCACAGAGGGGCUGUGGGAUGCGGGGCCUCACGACGACCUGGUGGAGGUGCUGCACCUGGCGGUGGUGUGCACGGUGGACACGCUGUCGACGCGGCCGACAAUGAAGCAGGUGGUAAAGCGGCUGAAACAGCUUCAACCGCCGUCGUUGUAGCAGCGAAUUGAAGGUAGAUUGAUAGAUAGUUAGGUAGGUGCGUGGGGUUCGUUGUUGUUGUUGAGAAUGUUGAAGCUUAGGUACCUGUAAAUUUGUAGUGCAGUUUUGCCCCCAUUUUAUUGCAUCUGGUUUGGGGUCUGGUUGGUUGGUUGGUAAUGAAUGGUAUAUAGGACGGUGUAUACUUAACUUGUACUGCUGAUCACCACUACGACUUGUAUUAUUAUUACCUGUUGCAAAUUAAUAACAAUGAACAGGAAUUUUUAUUUUA